AUGUCACACCGACCUACUCGAUCUAGUCACGCUCGCGAUUUCUCGAUUUCCACCAAAGCUUCCAAUCGCCCUUCGGCCUCCCUCACAGACGCCCCUGUUUCUCCUCGGUCGCACCGGCCAGGUGGAACUACGCCUCUCCACGCGGGCCCUCCUCCAUCCUCCUCUCGUCCCGGCAAUCCUGUGUCAAAGCCGGAUCGGAGAGUAACCACUACCACUACAACCACAAUAGCUACGAACACAGCGCUUCUCGUCACCAAGUCUGCACAACGUAAACCGAACGAAACAAGAGAAGUUCCCAGCGCUCCGAACAGAGACAAGCCCAGAUCGGGCCCUUUUUCCAGCAACAAUGGGAUAGUUUCCUGGUCCCCCGAAGUUUCAUUGAGGCAGCAGACUACAGCUCCUCUUGCCUCCAGAACGACUUAUCCUCCGCUAUCAAAUACUAUCACUCCUGUCAAGGGCCCGACCUUGCUAGAGCAGAUGAGCCCAGAGGCUCAGGAAGCUGCAGUCAUUGAGGACCUGCUUUUUUGUUUUAUGGGGUUCGAAGGCCAGUUCCUCCGAUUCAAGGAAGAGUAUAACCCCGUUGUCGAAGCUGAGCGUUUAGCGGGUCCCCAAUUUAGAAUCCCUAUAGGCCUUGAGCCGAGUAUAAAAGACAUUCUAGGAUCACUCCUCAAAGUCGCAAGACAUUACGCUGCACUUGAUGCAUUUGUCGAGGUGCAAUCACGAGACGAAUUUGGUGCUAUCAAUCAUGCUCUCUGCUCUGCGAUUAGGAAGUUGUUGAAGGAUUAUCUUGUACUCAUCGCGCAAUUAGAACACCAAUUUUUAUCUAACCCUAGCUUCACCCUACACACCCUUCACCUAAGUACAAUCCCGGUUUCCCACACUCUCUCGCAAUUAUACUCGCUAGCCCAGGAAAUCUUGCGACGAAACUCCUUGCUUGAAGAUGAUGACCUGGAUUCUGCCGGAGAUGACGUUGAAUUGUUAUUAGAAUCACUCAGAGAUGGUGCAAAUAUUGCCGGCGGCGGGCCUGUUAUGGGAAGGAAAGUAUGCAAGGGUGGCGCAGUCCUCGAUCUUAUCACAAACCGCCUGAAUUCCAUGGCUGGAGACCCUUCUACUCGAAGCUUACUUGAAUACCUCCUUCGACAAUCAUCAAUGCCUUAUAUGGUAAUGCUUAACGAGUGGCUUCACCAUGGUGUCAUUAAAGAUGCCCAUUCUGAGUUCUUGAUCAAAGAAACAAAAUCAAUCCGUAGGGAACGGCUGGAAGAAGAUUACACGGAUGAAUACUGGGAUAAAAGAUACACUAUCCGGCAUAACGAUGUACCUCCACAGCUUGAAGCAGUCAAGGAAAAAGUCUUGCUCGCAGGAAAAUAUCUGAAUGUAGUUCGGGAAUGUGGCGGUGUCGAUGUGAGCAAGGAAGUAAAAGAUGUUCCUCUAACUUUCGAUGACCCAAAUUUUCUUGAUAAUGUUGGCUCCGCCUACGCACACGCGAACGAAUCGCUCCUUAAUUUACUACUAACGACACACGGCCUGCGAGCACGCCUUCGCUCCCUCAAACAUUACUUCUUCUUAGACCAAUCCGAUUUUUUCUCGUAUUUCUUGGAGUUAGGAACGUCCGAGUUAAAAAAACCGGCUAAGAACGUCAACGUCGCAAAGCUACAAUCCCUCCUCGAUCUAACCUUGCGGCAACCCGGAAGUAUUGCGGCAGGAGACCCCUUCAAAGAGGAUGUCAGAGUCCAGAUGAAUGAAAUUGGCUUAACGAAAUGGUUGAUGAGAAUUGUUAGUGUUAGUGGCGUGGAUGAAGGGUCUGGCCUCCCUGAGGAUCAUCGUAAUUCUUCGAAUCUGGAUGACGAUAAGUCAAUAACAGGGUUCAAUGCAAUGGAACUCGACUUUGCGGUUCCAUUUCCUCUCUCUCUAGUUAUCUCUCGGAAGACAAUACUCCGGUAUCAACUAAUAUUUCGGUACUUACUAUCCCUCCGGCAUCUCGAAAUUCUCCUUGUUGGCGCAUGGCAAGACCACACCAAGGUCAUAUCUUGGCGACACCACUCUCGCUUCCUCCCAAUCGAACGUUGGAAACGGGGGGCUUUUACUUUGAGGGCAAGAAUGCUUGUAUUCGUUCAACAACUUCUCUAUUUUUGCACAGCCGAAGUUUUGGAGCCAAAUUGGCACAGCCUUCAAGAAAGAAUCGGAAGCGUUAAAACGGUCGAUGAGCUGAUGCAGAAUCACGUAGACUUUCUGGAUACCUGUUUGAAAGAAUGUAUGCUGACAAAUUCUAAACUUCUUAAGAUUCAUGCCAAAAUUAUGCAAACUUGCACAAUGUUUGCCUCCUAUACUUCGCAUCUAUCUAGGGCGCUUGUUUCCGCGGACCCAAGUCUUAAUCCUUCAAAUUCCGGAGCCAUUAGUUUGGGACCCGAUGAGGCUGCAAAAGUCGAAAAACUGAGCGACAAUCUCAAAAAGUACGAGGAGAAUUUUAGCCGACAUCUUAAAAUACUUCUUGAUGCCUUAAACUAUUAUGCUGCGACGGAGACGGUCGUUCUCCUAGGUCUCUGUGCUAGGCUGUCGACAGCAAACGAUGGGAACGCUGUCAUGAAUUCUAGUUUGGAAGAGCCAUAG